GCCAAUCGCUCCCCCAGUAGCCGAGCGGCUCCGAAAAUGCCCGAGCGGUUCCGGAAGUAGCCGAGUCCUUCCGGAAAGCCCCGGAGCUGUCCGAGUCGGCGGCGUAGGUAGAAGCCGCUGUGCGGGAGCCAUCAUGGCGGAUCAGGCAGCGCAGCUGCUGGCCGACGGGAUCGCGAAGCGGCUGGUGCAGGAGGGCCGGGGUCCGAUGCCCGACUACCGCGACGGCACCAAGGCCACUUUCCACUACCGCACCAUGCUGUCCGACGGGGAGCACCGCGUGCUGGACGACAGCCGUGCCCGCGGGAAGCCCAUGGAGCUCAUUAUUGGCAAGAAAUUCAAGCUGCCAGUGUGGGAGACCAUCCUGAGCACCAUGCGGGAUGGGGAGCAGGCUGAGUUCCUGUGUGACACCAAGCACGUGGUGCUGUACCCGCUGGUGGCGAAGAGCCUGCGGAACAUCGCGGCGGGGAAGGACCCCCUGGAGGGGCAGCGGCACUGCUGCGGCAUCGCCCAGAUGCAUGAGCACCACUCUCUGGGCUACCCCGACCUGGAUGACCUGCAGCAGAACCCCCAGCCCCUGAUCUUCGCCAUCAACCUGCUGAAGGUGACGAGGCUGUGUGGGGGGCCAUGCUCGGCUGAGGAAUGGAUGGCGGCCGCCAAGUACUAUGAUGCCAUCGCCUGCCUGAAGAACCUGCAGAUGAAGGAGCAGCCGGGCUCCCCAGACUGGAUCCAGCUGGACCUGAAGAUCACCCCCUUGCUGCUGAACUACUGCCAGUGCAAGCUGCUGUGCCAUGAAUACUACGAGGUGCUCGACCACUGCUCCACCAUCCUCAAUAAGUAUGAAGACAACGUCAAGGCCUAUUUCAAGCGGGGGAAGGCGCAUGCCGCCGUGUGGAAUACGGCCGAGGCCCAGGCCGACUUCGCCAAGGUGCUGGCGCUGGACCCGUCGCUGGGCCCCGUGGUGGCCAAGGAGCUGCGCAGCCUGGAGACGCGCCUGCGCCAGAAGGACAGUGAGGACAAGAUCCGCUUCAAGGGCAUCUUCUCCCAGUAGCGGCUGCGCCAGCCCCGCGGCCUGGGGAGCAGCAAGGUGCUGCCAGAGGGGCCUGUGCUGGGUGAGGGGCUGUGCCGACUGCCCCCGGGCCUGGGCUGGGGUGAGCUGGCAGCGCCCGUCUGUCUGUCCGUCUGUGCUUGGCACCCCCAUGCUCCUCGUCCUCGCUUCCCAUUCUCUGUAGCCAAUAAACUGAUAUUUAUCCAUGG